UUCGGAACUCCUCUAUCAGAAUAACGUUGGCUCUAACUUAAAACUUAAUAUCUUACACGUGCACUGACUGCCGUCAUGGCAACGAGCUCUCAGGUCGGCGGUGGAGAGUCCCCAGCCAGAUACCAGGUGGUAGACACCAGUCCAGUUGAAAAUCCUACAGCUAGUCAAGAUCCAACUUGGAAAAUGAAUGCCGAUGCUAUUCUAGAGAAGCUUGGAGCCUAUGGUCGAUAUCAAGUACUAGUGUUUGUGUCACUGGCCUUUGUUUAUAUGAGAGGGGCAUGGCCAGUCUUAGGAAGUAUUUUUCUGGCCGCUGACCCUGGCCAUCACUGCAGAGUUACUAGCAACAUGUCCCUCAAUGAAACUCUUCCGGGAAAGAUUGGUGAGGAUGGAAUAUGGACCCCUGACCAGUGUUCCAUGUAUGUCCCUGGGAGUGGCAGAAACCAAACACAGAGUUGUAGUGAUGGCUGGCAGUACGGGGACCAGUUUGAUUCUACUAUUCUCACAGAUUGGGACCUAGUGUGUGGUGACAGCUACCUGGGAGAUCUCUCUACCACCAUCUACAUGAUUGGAAACACAUGUGGAGCCCUGCUGCUGACUCCGCUCUCUGACAAGUUUGGUCGGAAGAAAUUGAUACUGUUCAUGCUUUGGAUACAGGCUGUGUUUGGUGUGGGGACAGCAUUCUCCAAUAACUACACCGUCUUCACCGUCCUCCGUUUCUUCAUUGCUCUUCUGAACAUGCCGAUAGCUCUGACGACCUAUGUAAUGAUGACUGAAGUCUUUCCUGCUAGAUACCGAGCCCUACCGUCAGUGGGUAUCAACUGUUUCUGGGGUAUUGGCCUCAUCUUCCUCGCCAUAUUUGGAUACUUUGUGCGAGACUGGAGACACUUACAGCUGCUGAUCUCAAUCCCCAACUUUCUCACUGUGAUGUAUUACUUUUUCCUACCGGAGUCCAUACCAUGGUUGGUGGCCACUGAGAAGUACACUGAGGCAGAGCAAGUCGCUAGAACUGCAGCAAAGGUCAAUAACAUCACACUUCCUGACUCUCUGUUCUCUGUGGGUGAUGAAACAAACACAGAAGAGCAGAGUGACGAGGGAUUGGUCAAUGAGAGAACACUAGCUAAGAAAUACACUCUGUUGGAUCUCUUCAAAACUCCAAAACUGAGGCGUUAUACCCUCAUCCUCUUGUAUCUCUGGGCAGCCAAUAGUUUGAGUUACUUUGGUAUUUUAUUCUCAACACCCAAUCUCCAUGGCAACUUGUUCCUGAAUCUAGGUAUCAGUGGAGCAGUGGAGAUACCAGCACAGUUCAUAUGUAUGUGGACAAUGCAAGUGUAUGGACGGAGGAGACCUCAUAUAGUUUUCCUACUUUUGUGUGGAAUUAUGAAUAUUACUACAAUUUUUGUUCCAGCAAAAACAGAUUCUGGAACUGACUUAUCUCCCCUGAUCAUAUUUCUGGCCAUGGUGGGAAAGUUCGGUAUAACAGCUUCCUACUCUGUGGCUUAUCUGUACGCAUCUGAAAUUUUCCCUACUGUUGUCAGAAAUCAUGCUAUGGGUCUGGCUUCAUUCUUUGAAAACAUGGGUGGAAUUGCAGCUCCACUCAUUGUAUAUGCUGCGACCAGUGACACUAUGAAGAAGCUACCCCUAGUCAUAUUUGGUGUGAUCACCUUGGUUGCUGGAAUCUUGUGUUUCUUCCUUCCGGAAACACACAAAUGCCCGCUGCCAGAAACGAUCGAGGAUGUAGAAAAGUUUACAAAGAAAAGACACAAACAAGACUCGGAUGAUACUGAUAAACAUGAUGAAGAUGGUACACGGCUCUGAAGAUUUUCUAGAGAAGAAAUUAAUCUUCAUCUGUUUAUUAUCAUGAUUUCUGGUGGAUGAAGUGCCUUCUAAGUAGGAUUUGAUGGAUUCUUUGGGUUAGACUUCAUCCAAGGAGAUCUCGUUUCCUUGAUAUGAUAUGCCUAACAGCUGAAAAUCAAAGAGAGCUUUCUACCAUAGCAAAGAUAUUUAGAGAAUAUGCAUCAACUUUUAAAGUAUUUUGAUGAUGGUGUGCUAUUUGUGAUUCAAUUAACUUUAUGUUAAUACUUAACAAUAUUUACUAUUUUCUAGUGCAUAUUUGUGUUUCAAAUGCAUAUCUGUGCCACAAUUCUACUUAACUAUUUCCAAUGCAUAUCUGUGCCACAAUUUAACUUUAACAAAAUAUUAUUUUUCGUGUGGAAUUAAUUCAGAAAUAAGUGCUGAAUUAGGAUUUACAAAAUCAUUAUAUUACUGCUUGAAGAACCAAUGACGGUAGUUACAAGUUCAGUAUAUUGUUUUUUGUACGUAGCAAGAGUUGGAACGGGGAGGGGAUGGCAUGAAUGUAAUAAUAUCUUGGCUUAUAGUUGGUCGGUUUAGCGCAAGAAAUUUAUCAUAAUCUCACGAUCACACAUUUACUCUGUAAUCUGAAAUAGCUUUUUAUAGGAGUAAUUUAUGUAAUAACUGAGUCUUCCAUACUGAAAUCUGUUACAUGUAACAUGAUAUGCAGAGGUACAGCCUUUUUUUCCAUGGUGUGUCGAGUUGCAUAGAGUUGCCAGGUUUGUAUGUGAAGAAAGACGACAAGCUCUUACAGAUGUCUUUUAUUUUUGCUAAUUAUGUCAAAAGUAUAAGUCUAUUGAUGUGGAAGCUGAACUAUAUGUAGAUUGCUUGAUUUAUAUUUUCAUUGAAGUGUCAUAUUGAUUUUAUUCCAUAUGUUCCUGUUUGGAAUAAUAAAAAAAACAUAGGGUAGAUUUUAAGUGAUGAUGGUAUUAGGAAUGUGUGAUGUACAUAUUGUAAGUAAAACAUUUGCAUAAAGAUGGAUUGAUUGUGAAUCAGUUGUUACUGAAAACCAUUGUACUUGAUAUUUGAAUGUCUUAUUGCAUUUUGUGUUGUAUAAUGAUAUUAUUAAUUUUAGGAAAUGCAUGUUGAUUUUAUGUUGUACAGCUGUAAGAAGAAGUUGUUUUGAUAUAAUCGGAGGCAUUCGCUUUGUUUUAUGAUUGAAUUGUUUUAUUUUGUUGAAGUGCUACUUACCUGGUAGUUGUAUUUUGUGUUGUAUAAUGAAAUUGUUGAUCAGAGGUCAUAGAACUGCGUAUCAAUUUGAUAUUGUACAGCUGUAUUUGGGAAGAAGGGAACACAUAGAUUUAAUAAGAUGUAAUCAGAGAUUUUGUUUUUUGUAAUUUGUUUUUAUUCUAUUUUCAUAGAAUUUUUGGUAAUAAAGUGUUACUUAAUAAAAGUAGCUCACUCUAGUCUGUACUUCAAACUUUGACCUAUAACUGUCACUGUGUCCAUUUACUACUGUAAAAAUCUUGUGGUUGGAAAGAGGGUUACAAAAGGAAUGGAUCAGAUUAUUCUGAGGUUUUCAUUUCUUUGCCAAUGAAGAUAUUUUGUGAAUGUGGCAUAUUAAGGAGAAGUAGGUCAAUGAAGGCCACAUUUCAUACGUUGUUCUCUAUCACUGUCACAAUUUCAACACUGUUAGAACUAGUGACACAAAAACUCACAUAUUCUGACGGGGAUGAUUGUCAUCUUCUGAACUAAACGUUCAUGUAUAACUGAUGUAUUAUAGCUGAUCAGCAGUGAAAUGUCUUCUGUAAGCCUUCUGAAAAACUCUGUGCACAUGUCGAAAAAGAGGGGAAAAGGAAGAUUUUUCCUUCUUUAUACCAUCUUUGUUCUUUAACUUCUACAGAUAUAUGUCUAUAAUACAUUAUUAAAAAUUAUAACUGUUAUGUAUGUGUCGUUUAAACUCUACCUGUGAGUCUAAAGUCCUCUCUGUUUCAUUCUCUGUAAGUUACUUUAUCACUUUCCUGGACACUUCUGUGACUGAGUUAUUUGAAGAGUGAAAAACCAAAUUGUCUUAAUUAUAAUCUUAGCUAAAAACAUACCUGGUAUAUAACAUAUGUGUUUUCUUCAAUUUGAUGCAUUUUUCAUUUAUAACUUCACUGUUAACAUCAUUUUAUAUCAGUGAUAGCUAGAAAGCUUAAUAAAAAGCUGUAAAAAUUGUCAUCAGUGUAGCUCUUACAAGCUUGUUGAUGAUAUGUACUUUGUAAGACGUGAUAAUGAAAAAUCACUCAAUAUCAUGUAUUAUGAAAAACUUUAGUGUUCCUAUGAAUGAAAUUGACAAUCUUUACAGGUCAUAUCUCAGACUUUCUAUUUUUAUGAAAUUAAGUAACUGACAAAUGUGUUGUGUGUUAUAUUAAUUAACUCACUAACUUGAAGGCAUGACACAGUAUUCAUCUUCAACUUUUCCUUUAAACAACUUCUUCUUAAGAACUAUUACAUGGAUUUUAGCCAGAUUUGGUCUAAAACACCUUCAUGGAGAAGGGGAUCUAAAUUAUUAAAGAGAAGUUGAUAAGGCUGAGAUGCAGGGCCCAAAAUGGGAAGGUAGGGUUAGUUUCUUCUUCAGAUUGAAAAAAAAGUCCAUAUUGUGUGUGGUCAAACCCAGGAGUUAAACAUGGAUGAUAAUGGGUAUUAUGUAAGCAACAAAGAAAAACAUAGCAUUGACAUUUCUUAUUUAGAAAGCACAAGAGGUGAAGAUUUUAAUUUGUUAAUAUCAUAUCCCUGGAUCCAUAAAUGUGGUGGCAGUAAGGGGGUUGAAAUUCAACAUAGAAUAUUUCUGCCAGAUUUCAGUUAUAGGCAAAGGGAGACAUCCUAUUCAGUAAAUUAUGAUUUUUUUACUUUUUGCGUUCAGUUAAAUCAUUUACUUUACGAUGUACUAUUGCCAAUCAUGUAUGAUUGUAUACUUAUGUAAUAUGUAUGAACUUACAUGUACAUAUGUGUCAUCAUUACUUUAAACAUUUACAUGACUCAGUAACAGUUAUAAGUACAUGUACAUGUAAGUUCAUAGCCACAUGUUGUGUUUACUAGCAAAAAAAUUGAUGCACAAACUGGCAUAUAAUUAAAAAGUAAUCAAGGGACAUAACUUUUGAAUCACUUUGUUUUGAUGAAUCACUUAUAUUCUCCCUCAUUAAUUUACAUUAUGGGUACAUAAAUGUAAUGUCUUAUUAUUUGGCCAAACCUGAUUUUCUGAUGGUUAAAUGGUGGACAUAACAACUCCUUCUCGGAAACCAGGUAAGCAAUAACAACCCUAUGGGCCUCUUGUAAUAUAAUGAUCAUGUCAACCCUUAAAUGUAAUUUUGAUGUUUUGUUUAUGAAUGUAUGUUACCCUAUUAUAGUAAUAUAUUGAAAAUAUAUACCACUCGGGUACAGUAACCAGUUAUAAAUAAGAGUCAAAUUAAAUGGUGCACAUGAAGGAAUCUGAAAUGGGCAUACAUUGUAUUUAUUUAAUUUUCAUUAGAAAAAUUAAAAAAAAAAAAAAAUGAGAGGAUAUGUUCAAUGGGUCGAAAAUGGAUUCUUGUUUCAUAGAAGAUUGAUGAAACAAGUUGUGCAUUUUUAGUUUAGUUUGCCAGGAAAGGUUCUUAGAUUUAUUUUGUUUAUAUCACAUGGAACAAAAUUUCCAGGUGCUAUCUUCACUAGCCGCUAAUGUUGUUAUCAUAAUAUAAUUGUAAGGCAUAAUAACAGUUAUCAGUACAGUCUACUGUCUGUUCAUUACCCUCAAGUUCUGCAAUGUUACACUGACAGUACAUUAUAUUACUUGGUACUAGAUAUUUUUUGUGUGUGUGGAAUAAAUUGGUAAAUGAAUGGUAUUGUGAAAGUUGAAUCAUCAAUAAAUAAAACCCAUCUCAUGAUUUAUUUAAAAAAUACAUCCUAUUUACUUCAAACUUUUUGUAAAACCACAAAAAUUUGAACCUUACACAAAUAAAUGAUGAGUAUUGAGUACAUCAGUCUGGCAGAAGCAGUUUCUACAAUUACAGAAUGAUGAUUUGUUAGCCAUUAUAAUAAUUAUACUCUUCUGUGAAUGAAGUGUAAAUUGGGUAUAUGUCUUUAAACAUAGAAUUAUGUUAUUUUAUUUGCAGUGGUUAAAAGUGUGAAAAUAAACUUGAAAUCUAGUA